GUCGGCAGAGCAUCAAAGCUUUAAUUUCCCAUAAAAAAAUUAUUAGCAACUUCAUUUUUUUUCGAGUGUGGGCUGUAACUCAACCGUACUGCGUGGAUUACUCAACAUGUCGCAGACCUUAUCUCCACCAAAUGGAACCGAGGUCUUCAGUCCCCCACGACGGGGCGCGCUUGAUUUGAUCGCGGAUCGGAUGGGCCGUAUGCUGGAAAGUGGAGAUUUGUCCGAUGUGCAGUUUGAAGUGGGCCGACAAUUCGGACGGACGAAGAUCUUUCGAGCACACAGAUAUGCGCUAAGCAGCAGCAGCGAUGUGUUUUACACCAUGUUUUACGGGAGUUUACCGGAGAAGUGUAGCACGCCCAUCGACAUUCCCGAUGUUCCUGAAGAUGCAUUCGAGAUCAUGCUCAAGUAUAUCUACACGGAUAAGGUGGAUGUAGACGGGGAUGAUGUUUAUCCUACGAUGUUGUGCGCUGACAAGUACGACCUGCCUCGAUUGACAGAUCACUGCUUCGGCUACAUCCUGACUGAGCUGAGCACUGACACCUGUUUGCACCAUCUGGAAAAGGCGCUUUUGUGGGGUGCACCUGCCGCACAUAUCGUGGAAAAUUGUCUGCACUUUGUGGAUGUACACUGUCAAGAGGUCUUGGGGUCUAAAGGUUUUACUGAAAUUAAAAACAGCACGCUGCGAAGGAUUGUGGAGCGCGACACGCUAUUUGUGGAGGAAAACAUAAUCUGCACGGCUGUAAACAAUUGGGCAGUGGCUGCCUGCGCCCGCAGUAAUUCAGAGCCGUCGCCGACCAACCGGCUCCAGGUGAUGGGAGAGGUUUUUCGCCUGAUACGAUUCCCGCUGAUGACGGACAAGCAACUCGCAGACGGUCCCGCUGGCAGCGGUUUGCUGACCCCAUCAACGUUAAUGGAAAUCUACCUUCAUAAGCACGCCACGAUGCAACAUCCGGUGCCAUUCGGCUUAUUCCCCACGCAACCCCGACAGGCCCCGUUAAUCCAUGUGGGAGGCAUGGAAUUCAAGCACGAGGAGGAGAUUUUCAUGGAGGAGGGAUCGCACUGGUACCCGGCCGAAGUGUUAGGAGCCCAUGGAUCGGCCGUCGUCGGAUUCUCUCGGCGCUUGGAUAAGAUGGUCAUGCGGGAACCAGAAAAGCUUAUUCGUGUUUCGGACAUCCUGACCCGUGGGCAAAAGGUCCUGUUGUGUGCGACGGGUCAUUGGGGCCCCUGUACAGAGGGGACAUACGUGGAGCCGGGUGUUGAUGGUUGGCAUGAGAUCGAUGCGGCAGGUCAAGAGCGAAUGAUGCAGCUCCCUGAAAUAAUCUUGAGCAAUAGUCAAGUGGAAGCGUGGAAAAAGGUGAAAGCCGCCAGCAUCAAAGGAAAUUCAAGUGGAAGUUCUCAGCGAAAGCGUUCUCAGAAUGCGGCUAAUAUUGUCUGAUUUGUGGAUUUGAUCGCUGUCGCGGUUACUGUACUCCCUUAAUAAUACUUUUCACACUCCGAGUACAACAUACUUAAGCUGUUUUGAAUUGGAUAGUUUUGUACGAGACU